AUGAAAUCACCCACCGCCCUCCUCGGCUGCUUGUCCCUCGCCUGCCUUAUGUCCGAGGCGUCUAGUAUCCCCGCAUGGCACCCCCCUGGCCCCGGUGACCUCCGCGGCCCCUGUCCGAUGAUGAACACGCUCGCCAACCACGGGAUCCUACCCCAUGAUGGCAGGGCCAUCACUAAAGAAGCCGUCAUCAAAGCCAUGAAGCAGGGGCUGAAUUUCGAUUCGACUCUUGCUGUCGUCAUGUUCGACCAGGCUGUUGUCGCCAACCCCGAACCCAAUGCCACCUUCUUCACUCUAGACCACCUCAACCGCCACAAUGUCCUCGAGCACGACGCCAGCCUGAGCCGCACCGACGCCUUCUUCGGGAGCAACCACAUCUUUAAUCAGACCAUUUUCGACCAAACCCGCCGCUACUGGCCCGAGCCCGUCAUCACCACGGCCCACAUGGCCAACGCCAAGAUUGCCCGCCAAAUUGAGUCUAAGGCGUUCAACCCCGAGUAUCGCUUCACUGAGUCCGUGGAGAACUUCAGCCUCGGCGAGAUGGCGGCCCCCUUUAUUGCGUUUGGAGAUCUUGAAGAGGCCACUGUGAAUAGGACGUUGGUCGAAUACUUUUUCCAAAACGAACGUCUGCCGACGGAGUUGGGUUGGAAUGUCAGGGAAGAAGUCGUCGCAGUGGAGGCUAUUCUCAGAAUAUCGAAUAUGAUUGGAAAGGCGACGAGUUUAAUCACGAAUCAGGAUUCGGACGGAAGUGCUGGUAGCAACUGUACGAAAAGAGGACUGCGCAGGGGAUUCCACGCCGCAGUCCGGCGGGACUUGUAG